AUGAACCCUUCCGCGACGACGAAGCCAUUGAAGCCGCCAUAUCAAAACACAAACCGCAACCCCACAGAAGUCGAAGAUCCAGCGCCAAAUGAUCCAGCUUACGCCCGCCAUGUCGCGAACAAUGAUCCGGAGAGGGGGGCCAUGUUGUCGGGCGACCACGUCAACAACAGCGGGCAGUUUUCAGCUGGGCUGAGUGUGGAUUCCGACGCAGACUCGGCUAUGGGCGACGACAUAACAGGGGCACUGUCGACAUCCUCGUUACGAUCCAGCAUUUACGACUACGUCGAAGAACAUGGGAGGACGUUCCACAGGUACAAGCAGGGCAGUAAGUGUCUCGGGUGCAACCUUUCACGUGGACGGGAGCUGACCUUGGACCGGCAGACAAUACAAUAUCCAGGGGCUCAUGUAGUAGGGACUGAUCUAAGUCCCAUACAGCCCGACUUUGUACCUCCCAACUGCCAUUUCGAAGUAGACGACGCCGAAGACGAGUGGAUUUUCUCGCAACAAUUCGACUACGUCCACCUCCGGUUAAUGUUCCACGCCUUCAAAUCCCACAAAGAAGUUAUGGCGUCGGCCUUUCAGCAACUGCAACCCGGCGGUUGGAUGGAGUGGCAGGACUACUACCCCCACAUACAAUCGGUGGACAACAGCAUAGCUGGCACUGCCCUCGAGCGCUGGACCCGGAUGUACGUCGAGGGUGGCCAGCGUCUGGGGAGAGACAUGCUAGCACCGAGAAGGUACAAGCAGUGGAUGGAAGAAGCCGGGUUUAUCAACGUGGUCGAAGAGAAGCUCGUGAUACCAGGGAACCCGUGGCCGAAGGGGAAUGACCAGAAGGUCAUGGGCGUGUGGCAGAUGACGAACUUUCUUGAGGGCUUACAUGCUGUGAGCAUGACCAUCUUCACGAAAGGGUUGGGCAUGUCACCAGAAGAAGUGGAGCUGUUUUUGGUAGAUGUCAGGAAGGAUAUUCGGAAUCUGGGGGUACAUUUUUACUUUUUGACGUAUGUUCUCUCUUUCCCUUUACCCUGA